AAUUCCGGCAAAAAACUGGAGAGUCAAGAGACAAAGAAUAGAGUAUUAAUCUACUCUAGAUUUCUUUGUCUCUUUCUCCAUGUAAUAUUCAUUUGGCUGGUUUUUAAAAUUGUAUAUAUAGGAAAGAGCAGAAACAGAAAAAAAUACUCAAAAAAAAGUGUAGCAUUACAUAGACCUAUCUUUUGAUAUUGCAAAAAAGAAAGCAAAAAUGGCGAAUGCUGAGACAAAUAAUUCUAAAAUCACAAUUUAUGUGCUCUCUUGUUGGAUUUUUGCUGCUUUUGGUGGUCUCAUGUUUGGUUAUGAUAUUGGUAUUUCAGGAGGAGUUUCAGGAAUGGAUGAUUUCUUGCUAAAAUUUUUCCCACAUGUUUAUGAAAGAAAGUUACAUGCAAAAGAGAACAACUACUGUAAAUAUGAUGAUCAACUUCUCCAACUCUUCACUUCAUCCUUAUACUUAUCGGCUCUCGUCGCGAGUUUUUUCGCGUCGAAAGCCGCCACUAAAUUAGGAAGAAGACCAACCAUUUUCAUGGCUGCUCUGUUUUUCAUCGGCGGAGCCGCCUUGAGCGCCGCCGCUGAUAACAGAUGGAUGCUCAUUUUUGGUAGAAUUUUAUUUGGUAUUGGUGUUGGCUUCGGAAAUGAGACGGUUCCACUAUUUCUGACUGAAGUAGCACCAAUUCAACACAGAGGAGCAGUGAAUAUUCUCUUCCAACUAUUUGUAACAAUAGGAAUAUUCAUAGCAAAUCUUGUUAACUAUGGAACUUCAAUGAUUCAUCCAAAUGGUUGGAGAAUGUCACUUGGCUUUGCAGCUGUUCCAGCUAUGGUUCUACUUAUUGGUUCCUUUGUCAUCACUGACACCCCCACGAGUCUAAUUGAGCGCGGCAAAGAGGUACAGGGCAAGGCCGCGCUCAAAAAGAUUAGGGGUGUCAGUGAUGUUGAGGCUGAGUACCAAGAAAUUGUCGCGGCCUGUGAACAAGCUAAGCAAGUGAAACAUCCAUUCAGGAACUUAGCUAAGGCUGCUAGUAUUCCACCACUUGCGAUCGCGAUUUUGUUACAAAUUUUCCAACAAUUUACUGGAAUCAACGCCAUUAUGUUUUACGCGCCUGUUCUUUUCCAGACUAUGGGUUUUAAGACCGAUGGCUCGCUUUUGUCCUCUGUUAUUACUGGGCUUGUUAAUGUUGGAAGUACAUUUGUUUCCAUCUAUCUUGUUGAUAAGGUUGGAAGAAGAAAAUUGCUCCUCCAAGCUUGUUGUCAAAUGUUAAUUUCUCAGGUUGCAAUUGGAGCUAUAUUGGUAACAAAUUUGAGGGAGACAGGAACAUUGGACAAGAAACUAGCAGCAGUGGUGGUUCUUCUGGUGUGCACGUAUGUAAUGUCAUUCGCGUGGUCAUGGGGACCGCUCGGGUGGCUAAUUCCAAGUGAGACAUUCCCAUUGGAAACAAGAACGGCUGGUUUUGCGUUCGCGGUCAGUACUAACAUGCUCUUCACUUCCCUCAUUGCACAGGCAUUCUUGACAAUGCUGUGCACAAUGCAAGCCUAUAUCUUCUUCUUCUUCUCCGGAUGGAUCGUCGUUAUGGGAUUUUUUGUUAUCUUCCUUUUGCCUGAAACAAAGGGAAUUCCAAUUGAUUCUAUGGUGGAAAGUGUUUGGAUGAAGCAUCCUGUUUGGAAGAAACUAUUCUAGAUUGGCUAUUUUGUUAUCAAAAGAUUGUUAGUUGUUGUUUUUUUUCUUUCUUCCUAUCUGCCUAUCCUUAUAUCAAAUUUUGUCUCCAGUUUUGUUUGCAAAAGAAAAAUUUAAUCUAUAAAAGUUGUUUUUUGCUUUA